AUGGCCAGCCGGAGCAGGUCCAACAGCUGUUCCAGACGGUGGCGAAUCUCAGGGAAAGCCUCAACCUUCUCGAUGCCAGAGUUCGAAUCCUGGAGACUGAGCUUCCGAAGAUCAUGGGCUUAGCUGGUGAAGAUCAUCUUUUACCGGGACAUCCAGAUUCACCUUACAAUCCAAGUUCUGGAUCAGCUCCAUAUGCAGGAACAACAGCCGAUGAGUUGUACAAACAGGUUGAUCAUCUUAAUGGCUUGGUUUCUUCAGUAUUUCCAACACUUGAUGGCACCACUUCCUCUUCCAAUCAAGUUCCUCCCAUUCCUGACUCAAGCAUUACAUUCCCAGUGGAAGUAGACACUACCGGCACACAAGUUCCAGAAGACACGGCCUCAAGAACAGAAGCACCAUUCCUUCCUGGUGCAGGGGAUUCAAGUAUAGCUGGUGAAACUACAACAGAAUCUAGUGCUUCCACUGAUGAGGAUGUGCCAUAUGACUAUGAAUAUGAAGUUUAUGAUGAUUAUGCCUAUGAAUAUGAUGAAUAUGAGUAUGGAGAUGAAGAUGAAGAUACAGAGUUUGAGUAUUAUGACUAUUACCCGGAAGGAGCCCGGCACAAGCGGCGAUCUAAGAAAAAUAAUGUCCAGAGUGACUCAGACCCUAGUCACCAUGAAGAAGGAAGAUCUGAGUCUUUACCACAACAGGAGGAACAUAACAAGAGAAACAAAAACCAAAAGCAUAUCCACACAAUGAAAGGCAAGAAGAAGAGCACCACCGAUAAGAAGAGAAAGCACAAGUCAGGAAACAGAAAAAAUAAUCAGAAUUAUCACACCAUUGAGAGACCAGAUACAUCACCAGUUGUAAAUCCAUUAGAAAGUACCCAAACAACAACACCAUCAACAACUACUCUGUCUUCCAGGCAAAUCCUUGAGGACAGAGCAGCAAGAGUAAGAGCACUGAAAUUGAAGAGCUCAGCAGUUACGCGCACGACAGCUAAAAAAUUCAGAUGGAAAAAAGGACAUCCAUCCGCUGCGAAGAUUCUCUGA